AUGGCAACAAUUUACCACCACAGCUCCUCAUCAUCAACGCGCACACCGAAAAGAACAACUUUUUUAGAUGAUGACGACACCGACGUAGAAAUAUUCCUAUUCAAAAAACAAGUACGAAAUUCUGUAUGUAUGAGCGAAUACUCUGACUACACAGACUCCAAUUUAUCAUUUGACUCGUUUGAAUUCGACAAAGAAGAAGAUCGAAUAAAUGAAUUAAUCGAUCCAGAAACCUUAUAUUUUCUUAAUUUUGACGGCGUUUAUUGUCAUGAAGAGCAUCAUUCACGAACAACCUAUCGAGAUUCGAUAGAUAGCAUAUUGUUGGAUACCAUGUUUGCGGAUUUUGACGGAGUUUUUUGUCGCCAAGAAGAUGAAUUAAAUCAUCAAAUUUAUCAAAAUGACUAUUUCUCAUAUCUAUCACAAUUAAGUCCCGACAAAACAUCAACAGAAGAAAACAGCAUUUACUACAACGAAGAAACCAUGACACAAGAACAAUACAAUGAUUAUGAAAGUAGUCUCUCCUUUUACUCGAAAAAAAGUUCUAUUACAACAUCAGAUUCUAUUUCGACCGAAGGAUACACAUCCGAAACACAGCCUAAUAUACAAGUUGCUUCACGAAUAUCGAUAAUAAAUCCGAGUGCAUAUCGGGCAUCUUUGUUCACGAUGUACAAACAAAAGUUAUUUCAAAUUGAAGAAAUUUCUUGUCAUCAAAUGAUUGGAACAUCAUAA